CACAGGAGGAGGCGGCAGCGGAACCUUUCUCCUCCGCCUCGCUCUCGCUUCCACCCGUGCCCAGUUGGGGACGGACGCACUAGAGGCGACCUAAGCAUGGAGACAGCGGGCGCUGGAACUGGGCAGCCGGCCUCUGGGCUGGAGGCUCCGCGGUCCACGGAUGACCGGCUUUUCCUGGUUAAAGGUGGAAUUUUCCUUGGUACUGUUGCUGCAGCGGGAAUGCUAGCUGGAUUUAUUACAACAUUAUCAUUGGCUAAAAAGAAAAGCCCUGAAUGGUUCAAUAAGGGAAGUAUGGCCACGGCUGCAUUACCGGAAAGUGGGUCUUCCCUUGCCUUGCGAGCUCUGGGCUGGGGCUCACUGUAUGCAUGGUGUGGGGUUGGUGUGAUUAGCUUCGCAGUCUGGAAAGCUUUAGGAGUUCACAGUGUUCCAGCCACUCUGAUGCCCUCAUUUACACCCUGAGCUCUAGGCUCAUGGGCCCACUUGACUGGACACAGGUGCUUGGAUGACCUGCAGGCAUCCCAUGUGUCCCUCAGUGAACUGUCAUUUGUCCCCAACUACAACCUACUCCUGAGUCAUUCUCCCUGUGAAUAGCAGCAUCACCCACAAAGCUGCGCAGAGAGAAAAGCCAGGUGGCCAUUCCUGACCACACUCUUUCUCACCCCUGCAUCUAAUCAGUCACCAAACCUUGCUUUUCCCCGACCCCCACAGCCACUAUAGUUGAUGGCACCUUCUUGCUUCAGAUGAUUCGGACAGCUGUCUCUGUUCUCCCUGCCUCCCCGCCUUGCCUCUCUGCAGCACUUUCUCCACCCUUCUGCCAAAGCGCUCUGGCCUUCACUUUCUCUGGACUUACCAUGCACAUUGCCUUUUUUCCUGUUACCAGGGAUAAAAGGUCGAUGCUGUUGCCAGAGGCCCACCCCUGCCAUUUGGGCAUUAGAUCCUGCCCCUUGUCAUCUACAAGGGACCUUGCCCCCAUCGUUAUCCUCAGCCUUAGCUGAUUGUCACGUGUUCCUUCUCUGCUGCGGUGUGUACAGACAUGUUCUAGUUUAUCCCACCUCUAGAAGUUCUCUCUAGAUAUUCCUUAACCUCCUCCAGCUACCAGCCCAUUUGUCUGCUACCCAUUACACAAAAAAACUUCCUGAAAGAGUUGUCUGUGGUCACUGCCUCCACUUCCUCCCCUUCCUGCUCUCAGUCCAGCUCCUUGCCCCAGUGCUGCACUGGAACUGCUAUUAAGGUUGCCAGUGCCCUCCUUGGUGCCAGAUCUUACUUUAUCUUCUGUUACUUGCCCUCCCAGCAAUGUUUGGCACAAUGGAACCCCAACCCCCGCCUCCUAAAACACUGUGGCUUCCAAGAUACCUUCGACCUCACUGGCCAGUUUGCCUGUUUCUUGUGCCAGCCCCUCCGCUGGCCAGCCUCUCAACAUCAGUGUCCAGUAGCUCCUACUUAGACUCUUCUGUCCUUAGCCCCUUGACUCUUUCGUCCAGUCCCUGCCAUGUUAAAACAAACAGUACAAUCUGAUGCCAUCCACAGAUAUAGCCCCAGUCCUGACCUUCAGAUUGGCCUCUCAGCUUCGUAUUAUGCACCCACACAAGUAUGUCACAAAGGCGUGUCACAUGACCCAUGUCCCAUCUAGAGUGCUUGAUUUCCUCACUUUGUUCCCAACUUGCUCCUCCCUUGGUUUUCCCCAUUUCAUAAAUGCCACCAAUGUGGCAUUUUUUAAAAAGUACAUUGGUCAUUAUCUCCCACCUUAAACAGAGCAAAUCCCUGUGAUUUGGGUUCUCUGUCACUAAACUGCUUGUCCACAUAUACAUCAAGUGCCUCUUCCACUUCAAACCAAAAACUUCGAUGAGAAUCCUCUUAGAUUCUCUCAUUUCCCUUCAUUCCCUUCAUCUGAUGCAUGCAAGUCCUGCUUGUCAGCUCUGCUGCUGAACACGGCCUACCUCCUUCAUCUCUCCCCAUCCAUUCCUCUCUUGCCUGGUGUUUUAAGUUGCCUGUCCAGUUUCCCGGCCUCUUCCUUAUUCCCUCUAGAAUUUUUUUCUCCACGUAGCAGCCAGAGAUAUUUUAAAAAUGUAAGUCAGAUCAUGCUCCUUCCUUCUUUAAAACCCUUCAGUGGCUUCCUGUUGAAGAAGGUUUACAUGAUGUAGCUCACCAACCUCACUGACCUCAUCUUGAGCCACCACAGUUGCCCACCUCAUCUGUCCCCACUGCACUCCAGCCCUGCCAGCCUUCUUAUUCCUUCAGCACACAGGCCUGUUCCUGCCUAGGGCCUUUAUUCUAGCUUUGCCUAGGAAACUCCUUCCCCAGGUCCUUGUAUCACUGGCUCUUUGCUGCUGUCCAGGGUUUCAACCCAAACUUAAUUCACCUCCUCAGAGCAGCUUCUCCAGGUGUCUUCAUUCCCACCACCCAGUUACUCUCUGAAAUUAUCCUAUUUUCUUUUCUUUGUAGCACCUAUUGCAAAACGAGAUGAUAUUGACUAUUGUCUUGUUUUAUCAGUCUUCACAGAAAGAAUGUAAAUUCUGAGAGUAGAGACUUUUAUCUUGGUCAUUGUUAUAUCCUCACACCUGUAACAGUGCCUAAUGCAUUGUAGGUGUUUAGUAAGUAUUUAUUGAAUACAAUCUGAUCACAUCACUUCUACCAUUUCAUUUCAGUGGCUCUCUCUCUCUCUCUGUCUCU